AUGGACCCGAGUAUCGGAGGGCUACCGCUGCAAAAAGCACCGACCGUCGCUGCCUUCCCGCCCGUCGGUCUCACCGUACUUCCCAUCUUUGCCAGCUCGGUCGUGCUGCCCUACAACCUACCCGAGCUGGGCUCUCACAUUCUGGUGCUGGACCGACCAACGGUUGCCGCGAUCUGGCUGGGCACUAUCCGGAUGUGGAAUGACUCACGCAUCAGCACGCUCAAUCCCAGCGCGACCCUGCCAGAGAAGGACAUCGUCUUGGUCAUGCCGCCCAGCGUGGCCGAUCUGUCGAUCUUCUUUGGCAAGGUGGUGUGUUCGUUCGACACUGACUUCUGCGACGCGUUCACGAGUGCGUCGCGCAACUUCAGUAGCCUGGCCGUGGCCGUCGAAGGCCGGCUCUUGGCGGUCGCGUCCACUUCCGCCGUCGCCCAAGCAGUAACCGACACCAACUACACGCUGGGGAUCAUCGAACAGCCGAUUGCCUUGCAGCAUUCUCCGGAGCUGACUGUGGCGUCGAUGAAGAAUCGGGCGGGCCACGUAGUGGAGGCGUCCGUUCACACGAUGCGCGCUGCCUUGACCAACGUCAGCGACAGCGUUUCAGCGGGUGACCUGCUCGUGAGCAUCGACGACGCGGGAGCCGAUGACGCAUGGCCCUUCUCGUACAUCAUGUUCCUGGGCGCAGGAUUAGUAUCGUCGGACGCCGACCUCUGCCCUCUCAUCAGAGAAGCAGAGCAGCUCCUCGCCUGGAUCCAAAUUAAUGACCAGAUCGCAUCGUGGGCUGAAGAUUUAGGAUGGGUGCGUUGCGCUUGGGCUCCUGAGUGGCCAAACUCACAUGGUCCGCAGCAGCAAGCCCUGCCCGACUUGGCCAACGUCUACGCAAACUAUGACCCACAGUUCCAGGUCAAAUAUUGCGCUGGCGAUGAAUCGACCACCGUCGAGCUGGUGGCAAAGGGAACCAUCGACUUUGGGCUUGUGGGCUCUGGGCUCACCGCUGACCAGAAGCUGCAGAUUCCAGACGCAGAGACGUUUGCCAUGCACGCCUACGCACUGAUCCCCGCGUAUCGGAUUGUCGGUGGGCCGGUCCUACAACCGGUCAACAUGACUUUGUCUCUGGAGCUUCUGGCGCAGAUCAUGCUCAACCAGGUGGCGUGGUGGAACGACACCGCCAUCGCGGCGCUCAACCCCAGUAUAGCCCUGCCCAACGCGCUCAUCAAGCUGGUGCUGCCAUCGACGCCCUGCAGCGCGACGCUCUUGAUCACUCAGGCGCUGAGCCUCGUCUCUUCUGACUUCGAAUCAACGGUGGGGUCCGGAGAGUCUGUGCACUAUCCCGUCGAGGACCUGCCCGACCGGGUCGUGUACGCUGCGCCAAGCGCGGUGGCAUCCACCGCCGCAGACACGCUCUAUAGUCUGGCGUGGCUGGUGAGCGGAGAGUACCGCGACUACCAGCUCUUCUUGGGCCAGGCCCGGCUACUGAACGCGGCCGGCAACGUCUCCAGCGCCGAGCCGGCCAACAUCCACGCCGCGCUCGCAAGCCUCACAUCGACCGACGAGUCCGUCCUUCUCGGAGAGGCGAGCUGGCCGGUCGUGGGGUUCUUUUCGCUGCUGUUCAGGACUACCUCUAUGCAGGACUGCACCAAGGCCAAGGCCCUGGUGGAGUGGGUCUACUGGUCGCAGACCGAAGCCGUCGCGGCCAGUACGGCAGUAAGGUACUCGAUGGCGGUCCCCGGGACUCACAAGCCGCUCCUCGCCCAUCUGCUGAACCAAAUCAAGGCGGUCACGUGCGACGGCAAGGCCGUCAGUCCGCUGGCCGGCUGCAUCGAUAACGGCACCAUCUGCUCCGACCGCGGCACCUGCUUCAACGGCAGCUGCCUUUGCAACAAGGGCUGGGAGGGGACUUUCUGCGCGCACGCAGUUAAGGAGGCGAGCUCGUCGUCUGGGCUGGACUCGACGGCGCUCGCGGCGGUGCUGGGCGCGGUGAUCCCUUCGGUGGCUAUCGUCCUGCUGCUCGGGCUCGUGGUUCUGUGCGUCCUGGCGGUGGCCUGGCGCCGGAGCCGCGGGCAGCGCGACCAGUGGGAGAUCGACCCCAACGAGCUCGAGCUCGAGGAGCACCUGGGCACUGGCGGCUACGGCGAGGUCUACCGGGCCAAGUGGCGCGGCACUGAGGUCGCCGUCAAGUUCCUCAUCAUGGAGGAUGUCAACAAGGAGAUGGAGCGGAGCUUCGUCGAAGAGGUGCGAGUGAUGACGGCGUUGCGGCAUCCCAACGUGGUGCUGUUCAUGGCCGCGUCGACCAAGAAGCCCAAGAUGUGCAUCGUCAUGGAGCUGAUGGCUCUCGGUUCCCUCUAUGACCUGCUGCACAACGAGCUCAUCCCGGAGCUGCCGUUAGCGCUGAAGGUGAAGAUGGCGUACCAGGCGGCCAAGGGCAUGCACUUCCUGCACUCGUCGGGCAUCGUGCACCGCGACCUCAAGUCGCUCAACCUGCUGCUCGACAACAAGUGGAACGUCAAGGUCUCCGACUUCGGUCUCACCCAGUUCAAGGAGGACGCCAAGAAUAACCACGGACCGGCCCAUCAGAUGAGCAUCCACUGGACCGCGCCCGAAGUGCUCAACGAGGCCAAGGACAUCGACUACGCUCUCGCCGACGUAUACUCUUUCGGCAUAAUCAUGUGGGAGCUCCUCACUCGGCAACAGCCCUACGAAACCCUCAGCCCGGCGGCGGUGGCGGUGGCGGUCAUCCGCGACCAGCUGCGGCCCACCGUGCCCGAGGACGCGCCAGCCGACUUUACCACCCUCAUCACCAACUGCUGGCACUACGACUCGGGCAUUCGGCCCACGUUCCUCGAGAUCAUGACCCGCCUCAGCGCCAUCGUCGGCGACCAGUCCGUGAGCCAUACGUCGCAUACCUCGUCCAACAACUCGAGCAGCGCGUCCGGCAACAUCUUCAAGCUGCCCAACGGCAAGUGGGCCAACCACAGCCGCUCGAUGCGGGGCUUGGAGGCCAGCGCCGGCGGGCGCUCUUCAACCGCGUCGUCGGAGAUGGGCGAUAUCGCGCGGCUCACGCGCACGAUCGACCGCGCGCCGGUGCCCGACGGCCGGGUGGCGAUCGUGUUCACCGACGUCACCCGCGCCUCCACGCUCUGGGAGUUCAACGCGCAGGCCAUGCGCGACGCGACGCUGCUGCACAACCAAGUCCUGCGCGACUUGCUCAAGCGGUGGAGCGGCUACGAGGCCAUGCUGGUGCGCGAGCGCAACAGCGGCGAGGGCUCCUUCUGCAUGGUGUUCACCAACGCGGUCAACGCGGUCGGGUGGUGCUCCGAGGCCCAGCAGGAGCUGGUCAAGGUCGAGUGGCCCGAGGCCCUGCUCGAGCACCCGGGCGCGGCCGAGGAGUGGGGCGACACCGACAACCGCGUCAUCUUCCGCGGCCUGCGCGUGCGCAUGGGCGUCCACGUCGGCGAGGCCAAGCUGGUGCGCGACCCCAAGUCCCGGCGCGUCGAGUACGUGGGCGCGACGGUCAACGCCGCAGCGCGCAUCACUUCGCUCGCGCACGGCGGCCAGAUCCUCGCGUCGGAGGUCGCUCUCGAGCAGCUGCGGUUCGCCGACGAGGCGCUCCUCGAGAAGGCCACCUGCGUGGGCAAGUUCGAGACCCCCGAUUUCCCUACCGGGAUAAAGCUAUACGACGUGAAGGCGGACGGACUGCAGGCGAGGUUCUUCGGCGGCGUGACGACGACGACGAAGAUGGAGGAGUCCCAGGAGCUGCAGACGGAGGUGGGCGAGGGCAUGAUGUUCAAGGAGGACAACUUCCUCACGUCGGCCAACAUGGUGCGCUGGAUCCUCGACUUCAAGGAGGUCACGAUGGGCAAGCAGGUGGGCAUGGGCUCGUACGGCAUGGUCUACAAGGGCGUGUGGAAGGGCGUGGAGGUGGCGGUGAAGCGGUUCAUCAAGCAGAAGCUGGACGAGCGGCGCAUGCUCGAGUUCCGCGCGGAGAUGGCCUUCCUCUCGGAGCUGCACCACCCCAACAUCGUGCUCUUCAUCGGCGCCUGCGUCAAGCGGCCCAACCUGUGCAUCGUGACCGAGUUCGUCAAGCAGGGCUCGCUCAAGGAGAUCCUACUCGACAACGCCAUCAAGCUCCCGUGGCAGCAGAAGCUGCGGCUGCUCCGCUCGGCGGCGCUCGGGAUCAACUACCCGCACCCACUGCACCCGGUGAUCGUGCACCGCGACCUGAAGCCGUCGAACCUGCUGGUCGACGAGAACCGGAACGUGAAGGUGGCCGACUUCGGGUUUGCGCGCAUCAAGGAGGAGAACGUGACCAUGACCCGCUGCGGCUCGCCCUGCUGGACCGCGCCCGAGGUCAUCCGCGGCGAUCGCUACACCGAGAAGGCCGACGUGUUCUCGUUCGGGGUGAUCAUGUGGGAGGUGCUGACGCGGAAGCAACCCUACGCCGGGCGCAACUUCAUGGGCGUGUCGCUCGACGUGCUCGAGGGCCGUCGGCCGCAGAUCCCCGGCGACUGCCCGCACGAGUUCAAGAAGAUGGUCAAGAAGUGCUGGCACGGGGUGCCCGACCGGCGACCAACCAUGGAGGCCGUGCUGGCCUUCCUCGAGUCCCUUCUCGAUGGUGCGGGCGGUGGUGCGAGCACGAUGGCAUGA